AGGCGAGGUGGACUGGUGGAGGCAGUUCCUUCGGAUACGUUACCCAUCAAUCGUUAGCCACAAGACUCCCAACUUCGGCACACCAACGUCGAUCGCCGUCUUCCGUCAAACUCUCAAUCCUCUGCUAAAACCCUUUGGGCAUGACGACAAGCCUCCCAUGGCACCCUCUACUCUCCUCGAAAACCCAACGCUUUCAUCCUUCCACCAACAAAUUGUUUCCCAAUUCGCCGAGACCUAAUUCAAUCAGAGUACAAGCUUUUAGGCGUAGCGAUUUUGAUGGCUUUGCAAAGCGAAUGGCCUCAGGCGAAGCCUGGAGAGAUGCCUGGCGUAGCGCUAAUAACGGUUUUGAGCAGAUCCUUUACGAGACGAAGAAAACCGCCGAGCGCAUCGACCGCCAGUAUUCUGUUGGUCGCCGACUCUCCUCCGUCGCACAAUCAGCUUCUGACCGUGCCAGGGAGCUGGACCGUGAUUAUUUGAUAACACAGCGGUGGCGCACAUUUACUCUCGAUUUCAGUCAAAAUUGGCCCAGGUACAGGAAGCAGUUUAGCGAUUUCCUUGAUACUCCAUUAGGAAGAAGUUUUGGGACUAUCUUCUUCCUAUGGUUUGCUCUUUCUGGAUGGCUGUUCAGGAUUCUGAUAUUUGCAAUAUGGGUACUACCAUUUGCAGGCCCUCUACUUAUUGGUGCUGUUGCCAAUAAUCUGGUGAUUAAGGGUUCAUGUCCUGCUUGUAAGAGGCAGUUUAUGGGAUACAAAAACCAGAUGGUGAGAUGUGGUGGGUGUGGGAACAUUGUAUGGCAACCAAAAGGAGAUUUUUUUACAAAACGUGGGAAUUCUGCUUCUUCUUCUUCAUCUUCAAAGUCUGGACCAGAGAUAAUAGAUGUUGAGUUUGAGGAGAAAUGAAGAAUGUUUACUGGUUGUUGUGUUGUGUGUAUACAAGGUGGAGUGUUUGGCUUAUAAGCUAUUAGCCAAUAGAGAGAGAGAGAGAGAGUUUUUGUUUAGACUCUGCUUACAAGUAUCAUAAUCUGCUGUAUUCUUUUAGUGUUAGAUUUGGUUAAAACUCAUAAUGCAAAC